AUGAAUAUCAAGCUUGCCAUCAUUUUGGUGGCAGUGGCCACGCAAGUUAUAUGCGCGGAGGAUAAGAACAAAGCGGAGAACAAGAGCUCGCAAAAUGUCGAAGCAGAGGCAACAGAGAAGAAAACGGAAAAACGUGGACUCCAGCAUAGUUUCGGUGACUUAGGCGGAGGCGGCGGCGGGGGUGGCGGCGGCGGUGGCGGCGGUUACGAGGAGCACGAACAUGUGAAGACGGUGACGGUUGUAAAGAAAGUGCCGGUACCUUAUGAAGUAACGAAACACGUACCCUAUCUGGUGGAGAAGCAUGUACCGUACGAGGUGAAGGUCGGCGUGCCGCAGCCCUAUACCGUCGAAAAGCAUGUCCCCUAUCCUGUGAAGGUGUUCGUCAAAGUGCCGGUCCACGUGCCGCAGCCGUACACCGUCGAGAAGAAGGUGCCGUAUGAAGUGAAGGUGCCGGUGGACAAGCCCUACGAGGUCAAGGUAUACGUGCCACAGCCCUACACCGUGGAGAAGCACAUACCGGUGCCAGUGAAGGUCCCAGUGCCUCAGCCCUACACCGUCGAGAAGCACGUGCCCUUCCCGGUGAAGGUGAAGAUACCAGUACCUCAGCCCUAUCCUGUGGAGAAACCGGUGCCCUACGAGGUGAAAGUACCGGUCGACAAGCCCUAUCCCGUCGCUGUGCCGAAACCCUAUCCCGUCACCGUGGAAAAACCCUAUCCGGUACCGGUCGAGAAACCGAUUCCGUACGAAGUGAAGGUGCCAGUCGACAAGCCCUACCCCGUCCCAGUGGAAAAACCAUACGCAGUGCCGGUAAAAGUACCAGUACCGCAACCAUACCAUGUUCACAAAGCAGUACCGGUACCUGUGGAAAAACCAUAUGCAGUGCCGGUGAAAGUGCCGGUCGACAAACCGUAUUUCGUCGAGAAGGAGGUUCCAGUUCCGGUCGAAAAGGAAGUACCGGUACCGGUUAAAGUUCCAGUAGCCGUGCCUGUUCACAUACCGAAGCACGAAGAUCACGGCGGUGGCGGAUUUGGUGGCGGUUACGGCGGAUACGGUGGUGGCGAUGGAGGCGGAUACGACUUGCACGGUGGUUUUGGUGGCGGCGGUGGCGGUGGCGGUGGCGGUUACGAUUCGUAUCACGGUUGA